GUCGUAGCCUUGACCAAUCAAUCUGCCGCGAAUACGAGAAAGCGGAAUCAACUACCGGAAGUUUACAAACAUCCACCGAGCAAGCUGACGUUUAGCUGACAUUUUUAUUUUUAUUUUGACCGACCGUCGAAAAGCGUCGGUUACGAACAAAGAGGAAAGAUGGUUUGUGAAAAAUGCGAGAAAAAGCUUGGUAAGGUCAUCACCCCAGACACCUGGAAGGAUGGAGCGAGGAAUACAACAGAGAGUGGCGGGCGUAAGCUGAAUGAAAACAAGAUCCUGACUUCUAAGAAAGCCAGGUUUGAUCCUUACAGCAAGACAGGUUUUGCUAUCUGCAGGAUCUGCAAGAGCUCAGUUCAUCAGUCUGGAUCACACUACUGCCAGGGCUGCGCAUACAAGAAAGGAAUCUGUGCAAUGUGUGGAAAGAAAGUUUUGGACACCAAGAACUACAAACAGACAUCUGUGUGACAGCAUGCAGAUCAGAGAACAGAUCUACAAGUAAAUAACAGAUGUUAUGAUGAGACUGAGGUGUAUGUUUUUCAUCCUGUCACGUCUUCGGUAUUUUGCCACGGUUUCCUGUCACAGAAAGCUAUAACUCUUAACUAUUAUUCUUCCCACCUCAGUGAAAGACAGCUAUUUGAAGAUGGCUUUGUCCUUUUAUUAUAGAAUAUUAUAUAAUGCUACUGGAACGAAUACAGUGGCCAUACAUAGGGUAGCACUGUUGUUAUCACCUGUUACCACCAGUAAUCACCUAUUUCUUAAGCCAAGGCUUCUUGAUUUUUUUUUUUUUU